AUGGCAAAAGUCAAUUCUUCCUUCUGGGUAACAAAAAAUAACACACCUGAUUUACUCUGUGGAAGACCAGCUGACUACUUUGUGAUAAAGGAACAUUUUGCCAUGCUUGUAUGUGGCACUAUUGUUUUGGGAGGAUUUUCGAAGAUGUUUUUAAAGAAUUCUGAAGUCAUGGUCUUGACAAUUCUUUCUGUGUCAGGAUUUGUGAUAGGACAACUGGCCUACCAUUUUGUUGAGGUUCACCAAAUUAUCUACCCUCUUCUAAGAACACCAAGUUUUUCACUUUAUUCUUAUUUUUUACCUUUGAUUAUAUUUAUGGCUGCUGUGGAUGUGGACUUUUAUAUACUUAAGAAUGUGUUUUGGCAGGUCUUGUUAACUGGAUUGAUUAGCUUCUCUGUAGCAUUUGUCCUGAUUGGAUAUGUGGUUCUGAAAUUUAAUGCAGCCCAGUGGGAUGUGCAAUCUUGCUUGCUCUUUAGCAUCACCCUUGGCAUUAUAGAUCCAGUUCACUCAGUGAAGUCACUGAAGACCAUUGGCAUUUCUAAAAUGUAUAUUGAUAUAAUUAGAGGCGAAUCAUUGAUCAUUUGUAGUGUCACAUCCAUUUUUUUUGGAAUUUUUCGGAGCAACUCAAUCCACAUUUCCAUGUUUAGGGAAUUACAUGUAGUCCUGGGACUCCUCUUGGACAUUUUUGGAAGCAUAAUAUGUGGAUAUUGCUGUGCAAGAGUCAUUCAGUUUAUAUUGACCAACCUUUUUAGCAAUACACUAACGAAUGUUGUUCUCUGUUUUUCAAUGGUGUACAUGACUUUCUACUUUGUGGAAUUUUUUGGAAUGUCAGGCACUGUUGCUCUGGUUACGGUAGGACUGAAUUUAGAUUCCUUAAGCUUUAAACCAAAGAUGGAGUUCAUAAUUACCAAAUUCUUAAUAAUGUUUUCAUCUGUAUAUGAACAUUUAAUAUACACCUUCUUUGGCAUUGUGAUUGGUUGUGGAGAAAUCAAGUAUUUUAGAUUUCACACUGCAGUUUUCAUUUUCAUCUUAUUUGCAACAGUGAAUUUUGUAAGGUGGCUUACUAUUUUUUUAGUGAGCCCUAUUUUGACCCAUGCAAGUUAUGAUUAUAAUUGGCGAUGGGGAAUUGUUAUUACGUGGUCUGGAAUUAGAGGUGUUUUUAACUUACUCUUGGCUCCUAAUAUUUACAAUCUGGCUGAACACAAAGAUGAGGCACCACAUAUGUUUUUAUUCUAUGUACAAGUAAUAUCAUUGUUGACUCUGGGAAUAAAUUCAUACAUGAUGACUGAGUCAGCUAGGACAUUAGGUUUGUGUGCUAUUUCCCUCCCAAGACAAAUGGCCAUGCAAAAUAUCAUUCAGCAUAUACAGGAGAUAAUCCAGAACACAAUAACAUUAUUUAAAACAGAAAAAAUUUUGACAAAUGUUAAUUGGACUAUAGUAGAAGAAAAAUCAAAGAUUCAAUACAUUCCUGUGAGUGCUCUGCUUUCCUAUGUCUCACAUGAUGAGAAAGAGUCGUCUCCAACUGAUGAAGUUUUAAUAGAAGAGGCCAGAUUACAUGUAGCUAUAAUACAAAUGAGUAGCUUUGAAAAACAGUGCAACAAUGGAAUCCUUGGAGUAGAGGCAGCCCGGAUAUUGAUUGGUGCAACCAAAAGCUAUUGCCCCAUCAAAGGAAAAUUCAUGAGUAUUUACGAUGUUUCAACUUAUGCAAGAGCUAGAAGUUGGCUUAUGAAGUUUAAAAACAUAUUAGUUAACUUGGAAUAUCAUAAAGAAAAAGUACCUUUUAUUCUAACUGGGACUAAUAAAUUUCUUAUUUGGGUAUAUCGCAUUAUAUUUUCAGAAGAAUAUGAAUAUACAAGACAUAUUAUCACCAUAAUAUAUAUUUAUCCUAUGAUCAUACAUGUAUGGCCAAUGGCAAGAGAGUUAAAUGUGUCAGCACUGAUACAUAUAAACUACUAUUUUGUAAGUUUAUAUGUAUUAGAAGCAGCAUUGAAGUUACUAAUUUUGAAAAGGAAAUAUUUUCAUCAACAUUGGAAUACUUUGGAAUUUUUAAUUGUGAUUGUUGGACUCAUUGAUAUCUUUUGCAUAUACUUUGUCAAAUUGAGACCAGACAACUUGUUUCUUAUCCAGUUUACAGUGGUGAUAGGAUAUUUAAGAAUAAUUAGAUUUCUUCCUGUCUUCAAGAUAGUAAUACCAUUACUGAUAAAUAUUGUAGAAGAUCAGGUAAAAAAGCGCCUGAGCUUGAUGUACAGCAUUACAAAAGGCUACGUCAAAAGUCAAGAAGAUGCCAAGCUUUUAAUAAAACAGAUUUCCACCCGUGAAUCAAUACAUCAGAAAUUAUAUGAAAUUUUAGAAACAAACAAACGAGAAGCUAUCAAAGAACUAGGACUUAUAGAGCAUGAGGGUCGUGAUGUUGUCAUUGCUUUGAAGACUAAACAGGCAAUCCAGAAUGUGAUUGCUAGGGCUCUGAGAAAUCUCAAUUUCCUUUGGUCUAGAGGCAUUAUUGAUAAGUAUGAAGGCAUUGAGAUGAAUAAGGUACUUCUUACAAAAAUAAAAGCACUGAAUAGCUUUCCAAUGGCAAUCCCACCCCCUACUCCUGACAAAUAUCUUCCUUGCAUCGUUUGGAUGGAAAAUAAAGAUAUUCUCAUUGACUUCUUCAGGGAAAGAACCAAACUUGCUCAUUUUGACUAUGGAGAUGUCAUUUGCAGAGAAGGUGAAAUGCCACAAGGAAUCUUCCUAAUUAUUUCAGGAAUGGCAAGUUUGCAUAGUUCAUCUCCUACCUUUGGGAUAGAGCACAAAGUGAGGACCGAAAGAAAAAAUCAAAUCUUUUAUACAGAGUACUGUACCAGUGGGGAAGUGCUUGGAGAGUUGAGUUGUCUGCUUAAGUGUGAAAUGAAAUUUACUGCCAUCUGUGAAACUACUUUACAGGCCUUCUUUAUUUCACUGGAGGAUUUAUAUGAAGGCUUUGAUAUCUUCUGGCCAACCCUGGAAUAUAAAAUAUGGCUCAAGUUGGCUCUUGGUAUUGCAAAUCAGUAUUUUGAAUCAAGUCUUGCUGAUGAGGACUUAAGCUUUCAGAAGUGCGUGAAGUCCAGUAACGUGUAUGUGGAGACCUUAUCAUGCUACAAUGAAAUGUCUAUUAGUGUGACCAUGAAAUUUGCCAUUAUUGUGUACGGCAAUGUAAUUAAUAGUAAGACGGAGGAAUACUAUUUUGCACCUUUCAUUAUACCUAAAACCUGUGAUCAGGUUCAGGGAAUUGCAGAUGUAAGCAAGCUGCUGAUAAUCCAAGCAUCUGAUCCUGCCAAAAGUGACACUAGCCCCCAUGUCACCGACAAGGGAAAGCUCUUCAUUGAUAGGAAAGAAGGGACUCCAAGCAAAUAUAGAACGCAUUUUAAUUCCAAGAGGGCAUUGUGUAGGUUUAUCAUCGGUCCCCUUCCUUGGGUUCACACUGGUUGCCACGUUGAUUCUGAGUGUGGCCGGACACCAGAAUCCACUCCCUUCUCUCCUCUGUGCCUCCUUCUCUGCCCUCAACAGGGGAGAGCAGCUUCUGUGUACAGCUGUGUUCCUGCCCUGGCAGGCUGGAGCCACACAGUGCAUUGGGGGCAGGGCAGGGCAGGGGAGAGGAUAGAAUCUCCCACCAUGAACCAGGUGUGGGGCACUGGCUUGCUCCCGGCCACAGAAUGGAAUAUAGAAGCUGACCCACACUCAUUGAGUGUUCCCAAUCAUGUCCACAGUCACAAGUCAAAUGACUUGCUUAGGUGCACUUGA